AUGGCACCCGUACUACCAAUAAUUGAUUUUGGGCCAUUUCUGGACCCAAAUGCCUCUAUCGAGGCCAAAAAGAAUGUCGCAUCCGAGCUCGACAGGGCUUGUCGUGAUGUUGGCUUCUUUUACUUGAGAAACCAUGGAGUUCCGCUGGAGCUAAUGAACGCCAUGCUCGAUGGCGCACGUGAGUUUUUCGAGAAGGCAACACCGGAAGAAAAGGAGCGAAUUGCCCUACGGAAGACAGCAGAAGGAGGAGACAAUGCUCGUGGGUGGCUGCGAGUACAACGGCCAGACGCUGGCUCACACGAGGCUGUAGACUUCUAUCGUCCUGUAGAGGCCACGGGACCACCUUACAUUACUGGCAUGGGCCCAAAUAAAUGGCCUUCGACUCCUGUCAACUUGAAACAGCUUUCGGAGACCUACAUCGAAAAGGUGACGAUGCUAGGGAACUCGGUCAUGAAGGCCUUCGCUAUGGGUCUUGGCGUCGCUGAUGAAAUAUUUCUCUCUCGUGUUGACAAGGCUUUCUGGAAUCUUCGUAUACUAGGCUAUGAGGGCAGAAAGUCCAAAAGCAAAGAGAACGCAGGAAUUGGCGCGCACACUGGUAUGCUCUUUGAUAUCUAG